AUGGCGGGCGCGCCGGCUCCGCCGGUAUCGUCGACGAAAGCGGAGGCGUUCGCGAGUCUGUCAAUUCUGUUACAAAUCGCCAUGCUCAUGGUCGCAUUCGUCGUCGGACACAUCCUGCGACGUCGCAAGGUGUACUACAUCCACGAGGGCAGCGCCGCGCUGCUCAUCGGCCUCGUGGUGGGGUCCGUGGGCAACUGGCGAGGCACUCAGGAGAGCUUCAGAAGCCACUCCUUAACAACUUUGAAUCCAUGGUCCUGCGCUGUCAUCAUUCAUGUCGGCUCGCGGUUGUCUCACUCACCCUCCCUCUUCCCUAUUCAGAAGCCGUUUUUCAACAACUUUGGAGCCAUAGUCACAUUUUCAUGCCUUGGCACGUUCCUCUCAGCCAUUGUCACAGGCAUUCUCGUCUACGUGGGCGGAUUCCUAUUCCUCAUGUACAAGCUCUCCUUCCUCGAAGCACUCAUCUUCGGUUCCCUCAUCUCCUCCACCGACCCGGUUGCUGUGCUCGCGAUCUUCCAGGACGUGGGAGUGGACACAAAUCUCUAUGCGCUUGUGUUCGGCGAGUCGGUUCUCAACGAUGCGGUGGCCAUUACCAUGUACAGGACUGUGAUGACUAUCAUACGCAACCCUGCAGCAGACCCGAGCAUAUCUGCUGCCUUCCAGUACGCCGCCAUAACCUUUGCUGGCUCCACCUCUAUCGGAGUAGCUGUGGCGCUCUUUUCUGCUCUCAUAUCCUCCCAAACGCCCUUCACCUCUUCCUUUGCCAGCCUCCGCCCCGCACUGCACCUCUUCCUUCACAAAUCUCCCUUACCUCUGUUACGUUGCUGCUUUUCCACAUUCUUUGUUGCUGUACUUCACCUCUUCAAAUAUGCCGGCCUCUCCGUGAAGAAUUUACACAACCUCGAGUGCUGCCUCAUCGUUCUCUUCCCCUACAUAUCCUAUCUGGUGGCGGAGGGCCUUGCUCUAUCAGGCAUCGUAGCCAUUCUCUUCUGUGGAGUUCUCAUGAAGCGAUACACCUUCCCCAACCUCUCAGAGGUGGCUCAGGUCCUCUCCGCUGGCUUCUUCCAGCUCAUUGCAUCCAUCGCUGAGACUUUCACCUUCAUCUACAUGGGAACGGAGAUUGCUCUGGGGGAGCACCAGCGGUGGGGGCACAUCAGCUUCAUCUUCUUCUCCAUCAUCAUCAUAGGCGUAGCAAGGGCCGCCAAUGUGUUCCCCUGCGCACAUCUCAUCAACCUCUUCCGCCCGCCCUCCAAGCAAAUACCCGACAGCCACCAGAAGGCACUCUGGUUCAGCGGCUUGCGAGGAGCCAUGGCGUUUGGGUUGGCCCUGCAAGCAACACACGACCUACCCAACCACAGCCACGGGAGGGCGAUUUUCACCACCACCACUGCGAUUGUCAUGCUCACUGUGAUUCUGCUGGGCGGCAGCACGUCCACUGUGUUGGAGCGGCUGCAUGUGACUGGGGACAGAUACAGCCAGCUGAGACAGCCUGACGACACAUCGGAUGACGAAGAAGAGGAGGCGAGUGCUAUGACGCAUGGACUCAUACACUCACAUGGGGACACGCUUGACAGCAGCACACGCGAAGAGGCCCCCGUUUCUGCAGCAGCAUUUGGAUCCAAAUGA